CUGGUAGGACACUGGCUGUAGAAGGGUUGAGGGGGAAACAUGUCUGUCACAAGGCUCUUGAUACCCGCGUAUAUUCAACACUCUGCAUUAUACGCCAUCUGGAUAUUCCUUUGGAUGGACGGAUCUGCAGCCGACAGUGCGAUGUCCUGCAAGCAAUUCUCAAAUCCUGAUACGGAAACAACAGUUUUCAAGGACGAUGGCUGUUUCUUAUUGUCUCGAGAGGAGAGUACGAGGGAAGAGUCGCAAACCUUCUGCAAUGGCCUGGGUGAUGGAUGGUCUCUUGUUGUGAUAGAAGACGUGGAAACACAGAAGCAUGUUGACAGUGUCACACGUACAGCUGGUGUCUCUACAGGGUCAUGGAUAGGUCUUCGUCGGCGAAAUGGGAAAUACACAUGGGAAUCAGGGAACAAACUAGGGUAUCCAGAUUUCUUCAAUGCACAAGCAGGAGAGACAGCGUCACCAGGAGACUGUGUUACAACAAACCCUCCAGAUGACACAUCCUCCUAUGGAAUAUGGCGCUAUAUGAACUGCACUGCAAGACUAUACAGCAUAUGCCACUCAGUCCUGACACCAGGUUCCUCCCUACCUCCAAGAAAAACGACGACAUCUCGACGUACAACGUCAUCUACAGUGACACAAAAUGCAACUCUAGCUAAACCACCAACGUCUGUCAAACAUGGAGCAACACAAUCCACAGCAGCAACAACACAAUCCACAGCAAGAACAACGCAAUCCACAGCAAGAACAACGCAAUCCACAGCAACAACAACGCAAUCCACAGCAGCAACAACACAAUCCACAGCAACAACAACGCAAUCCACAGCAACAACAACGCAAUCCACAGCAAUAACAACACAAUCCACAGCAGCAACAACACGAUCCACAACAACAACAACAACGCAAUCCACAGUAACAACAACGCAAUCCACAGCAACAGCAAUGCAAUCUACAGAAGCAGCAACCACACAAUCCACAGCAGCAACGACAACAUCUUCAACGACAGUCCUUAUUGCUGUCUCAUCUACAGCAGCAUUUGUAGCUGCUGUGUUCUUAGUUGGGGGUGUAAUUGCUCUCUGUCGAAGAAACAAACAGAAAAGACUGCGUGUCAGGACCAAUGACACGAUGGCAGGUGACGACACUGAAUCAUGUACAGUAGCUGAUGUAAGGACAAAACCGGAGGUUGAGUACGCUGUUGUCACGAAAAUACAGCCGAAACAACCAUCACAAGUGCAUGACUGUAACACUGAGUCAGGCUACCAUUACGCAUCCGUGGAUGAUGGCGCUCUUCCCAUGAAGCAAGGCGUCAAUGACCAAACAUAUGACACAGCAACAAUCACAGAGAAGAAACAACCAAUCACCUUUGACAACACAUAUGCUCGCGCGAUAUUCAACCAAUCAGCAUCGGACACAGUGGAUGACGUGUAUGAUCACACGCGUGUGACCGGGAAGGCGUCACAAGAAGUUGAUGCAAGCCAUUACGACCAUGCUUUCGUCAAAUAACAAUCUCGCAAUAUUGGAUGUUAGGUUAAAACUUAACAUGUACAUAUUUGCAAAUCAAUACUUUUGUAUCCGAGGUGCUAUGUUUUUCUUAAACAUGGUAAAGUUUCUAUUUUAUAGCAUUCUGCAUAUUUGUAUUUCGUGUCCCGGUAAUCACCCCAAGCGAUGGAAAACCAGAACCUCAUAAUUACCAUGACAACCGAUCUGGAUCGGGUGGUUAUAUGUAUAACCUGGUAAAUGUGUGUUGCAUUGGUCUCUGGCUCAGACUUGACUAUUUACAGAUGGUUGUGAUAUGGCUUUCACACAACAUUCACCAACCAUUUCUGACAAUAACACUCACUGCGGCAUACCAGAGAACCACGGACACAAGGUUACAACAAUCAAGAUUUGACACAAACUUUGACGCAUCAGUGAUAAACAUGACGUCCGAUGCAAUUCCUUAUUUUAUAUUGUACUGUAUAUAGCUGUGUUUUUUCAGGUGAACAAUUUACUUG